GCGCUAGGGUGGGGGGUCGCGCAGGAGGCGCAGACCCGGCUGGCUUGGCUGCUCUGCCCCCCUUGGUCUCGGGUCCCGGUGCCCUGAGGAGUGGGGUCGUCCCAGGACAGGGCUUCCCGGUGACCUCCGACAGCCGUCGGGAUGGAGGUGAGACGGUAGCCCGGGACGCCCGCCCUCGCGCACCCCUGCAGCACCGCGGCCCCGCAGCGCUCCCCGCCCCCCGCCCCCGCGGCAGCGAGCCUCGCCGUCGAGCGACAGCGGCCUGGGGUGGGGGCAGGGGGGGGCGGGGGCGGCCAGACCAGCGAUGCCGGCGGGCAUGACGAAGCAUGGCUCGCGCUCCACCAGCUCGCUGCCGCCGGAGCCCAUGGAGAUCGUGCGCAGCAAGGCGUGCUCGCGCCGCGUGCGCCUCAACGUCGGGGGCCUGGCGCACGAGGUGCUGUGGCGCACGCUGGACCGCCUGCCCCGCACGCGGCUGGGCAAGCUCCGGGACUGCAACACGCACGACUCCCUGCUCCAGGUGUGCGACGACUACAGCCUGGAGGACAACGAGUACUUCUUCGACCGCCACCCCGGCGCCUUCACCUCCAUCCUCAACUUCUACCGCACCGGCCGGCUGCACAUGAUGGAGGAGAUGUGCGCGCUGAGCUUCAGCCAGGAGCUGGACUACUGGGGCAUCGACGAGAUCUACCUGGAGUCGUGCUGCCAGGCCCGCUACCACCAGAAGAAGGAGCAGAUGAACGAGGAGCUGAAGCGCGAGGCCGAGACCCUGCGGGAGCGCGAGGGGGAGGAGUUUGACAACACCUGCUGCGCGGAGAAGAGGAAGAAGCUCUGGGACCUGCUGGAGAAACCCAACUCGUCGGUGGCCGCCAAGAUCCUGGCCAUCAUCUCCAUCAUGUUCAUCGUCCUCUCCACCAUCGCCCUGUCACUCAACACGCUGCCUGAGCUGCAAAGCCUGGACGAAUUCGGCCAGAGCACGGAUAACCCGCAGCUGGCCCACGUGGAGGCAGUGUGCAUCGCGUGGUUCACCAUGGAGUACUUGCUGAGGUUCCUGUCCUCGCCCAAGAAAUGGAAGUUCUUUAAGGGGCCGCUCAACGCCAUUGACUUACUGGCCAUCCUGCCCUACUACGUCACCAUCUUCCUCACGGAGUCCAACAAGAGCGUGCUGCAGUUCCAGAAUGUGCGGCGCGUGGUCCAGAUCUUCCGCAUCAUGCGCAUCCUUCGCAUCCUGAAACUGGCCCGCCACUCCACUGGCCUGCAGUCCCUGGGCUUCACACUGCGCAGGAGCUACAAUGAGCUGGGCCUGCUCAUCCUCUUCCUUGCCAUGGGCAUCAUGAUCUUCUCCAGCCUGGUCUUCUUUGCCGAGAAGGAUGAGGAUGACACCAAGUUCAAAAGCAUCCCUGCCUCUUUCUGGUGGGCCACCAUCACCAUGACGACCGUUGGGUAUGGGGACAUCUACCCUAAGACUCUGCUGGGGAAAAUCGUGGGGGGCCUCUGCUGCAUCGCCGGGGUCCUGGUGAUCGCUCUUCCCAUCCCCAUCAUCGUCAAUAACUUCUCCGAGUUCUACAAGGAGCAGAAGCGACAGGAGAAAGCCAUCAAGCGGAGAGAGGCUCUGGAGAGGGCCAAGAGGAAUGGCAGCAUCGUGUCUAUGAACAUGAAGGACGCCUUCGCCCGGAGCAUUGAGAUGAUGGACAUCGUGGUGGAGAAAAAUGGGGAGAACCUGGCUAAGAAGGAUAAAGUGCAAGAUAGCCACCUGUCUCCCAACAAGUGGAAAUGGACCAAGAGGGCACUGUCCGAAACCAGCUCAAGUAAGUCCUUUGAAACCAAGGAGCAGGGGUCCCCAGAGAAGGCCAGAUCCUCUUCUAGUCCUCAGCACUUGAACGUUCAGCAACUGGAAGACAUGUACAAUAAGAUGGCCAAGGCGCAGUCUCAACCCAUCCUCAACACCAAGGAGAUGGCACCACCGAGCAAGCCGAAGGAGGAGCUGGAGAUGGGAAGCAUGCCCAGCCCCGUGGCCCCUCUACCCACGCGCACAGAGGGCGUCAUUGACAUGCGGAGCAUGUCCAGCAUCGACAGCUUCAUCAGCUGUGCCACGGACUUCCCCGAAGCCACCAGAUUCUCCCACAGUCCUCUGGCGUCCCUCUCCAGCAAGGCUGGGGGCAGCACAGCCCCAGAGGCAGGCUGGCGGGGGCCUCUGGGUGCCAGCGGCGGGAGAAUCCUGGAGACCAACCCUGCCCCUGAGGCCGGCCGCUCUGGUUUCUUCGUCGAGAGCCCCAGGAGUUCCAUGAAGAUCAACAACCCCGUGAAGCUUCGGGCGCUCAAGGUCAACUUCAUGGAGGGCGAUCCCAGCCCACUGCUGCCCUCUCUGGGAAUGUAUCACGAUCCUCUGAGGAACAGGGGCGGGGCGGCCGCGGCAGUCGCAGGGCUGGAGUGCGCCUCCCUCCUAGACAAGCCUGUGCUGAGCCCAGAGUCCUCCAUCUACACCACAGCAAGUGCCAGGACACCUACUCGCUCUCCGGAGAAACACACAGCAAUAGCGUUCAACUUUGAGGCAGGCGUCCACCAGUACAUAGACACAGACACAGACGACGAGGGACAGCUGCUCUACAGCGUGGACUCCAGUCCUCCCAAGAGUCUCCACGGGAGCACCAGCCCCAAGUUCGGCAUUGGAGCUAGAACGGAGAAGAACCACUUUGACAGCUCCCCCCUGCCCACCUCCCCUAAGUUCUUACGGCCCAACUGUGUCUACUCCUCCGAAGGGUUGACUGGGAAAGGGCCUGGGGCUCAAGAGAAAUGCAAGCUGGAGAACCACACCUCCCCCGACGUGCACAUGCUGCCCGGAGGAGGAUCACACGGGAGCACCCGGGAUCAGAGUAUCUGAGCUCCCCACCGCAGAGAAAUCAGGGAUUUGCAAGAGAAAUCGGGGAGGAGGGAUGUUUGGCUUGCCUGCCGCUGAGUUCGGCCUGAACUUGGAGACACGGGCCCUGAAGAAUCCCAGUGACAGGAGAGACCCUGAGAGCCAUGCCGGGUCCGUGGGCAUGUGACCAGCCAUGGGGACCACAGCUAACAGCAUCUUCCUGAGAUGACAUGAGCGGAGCUGACAGCCACCACUAAGACCUAGCCUGGGCCACGUACUUCCUAGUCUCCUCUGGAGGCUCUCUCAGCCUUCGGGUGAGCCACCACCGUCUCUCAUGGCUUCAGCUGGAGGAGGGUGCUGGAGCAAGGGGCUGCUAGUGAAAGAGUGAGCCGACCAAGUAGUAUCGGGUGUCGCCUAGUCACCCCCAAAAACCAGGAUCCUCCUGUUGGAAGGGCACAGGGGACUCUUGAUCGUGAGGAAUUCUGCGCACCAUCAGCCACACCCCCAAUGCAUAACCUUAAACGGCAGGGGACAUCGGUGGUUCAGUAUUCCGUGGUCCCUGGGGCUGUAUUCCGAGACACCGACAGGGUGAGCUGACAGUUUGGACUCAAGUCCUUCUGCCCACCUGGCGAUGGAGAAAGGGUUCCGACGGCUGGCACGCAGCCGAGGGGAUAAACCGGGCCACUGUCUCUGGGCUGCCACAGGGACGAGCGUUCCAAACAGCUCCAGCCUGGACUCAAAAGAUAUGAAAGCGUCAAAUAUGCAAACCGAGAUAGAUUAUUCAAAGAGACUGUGCGUGACUGAAAAACAGCAUUUAAAAAAAAAAACAAAAACAAACAAUAAACUUCAUUUUCUACAUGAAAAAAGGAAGGGAAAAAAAAGCCUCACUGAACUGCCCUGUGCAGGCUUGUGACUGCGUACUGUUGCAGCAGGGAACACCUACUAUGAAAGGAGUUUUUUUUUUUCUUUGUUUCUCGUGGUAUUCAAGCUAAAAAAUAAUAAUAAUAAUAAGUUAAUAAAAAGCACUUUAUGUUUUUCUAAUCUAGGUUCUGCCAGGGACAGUGUCAAGAUCUCCCACUUUAAAACAAGCACUAUUUCCCUUGGGCCGCAUGCUGGCCCUGCACUUGGGGUGUUACUUGUGCCCGUUUCUGGCCACGGUGGGUCUACCGUCACCACAUCAGAGUUUGGGGUUCCUUCACGGCCCCUCAGGAUCACCCCGCAUGGGUCAGGAGGGGUCCUCAGCCCUUGAGGCAGGGCUCUCUUUGAAGUCUUGUGUGCAGGAGGCACUCGCGUCUCAGCAGGAGUUGGGUGUCGGGUGUUGUACCGUUCUUCCUUGUCGACCAGCCAUUGUGUGUUCUGUCUGUCCUGAAAGCCUGACGCCCCUUCCUGCAGCCAUCUAGGCAGACGGCACAGCCAAAAGCAAUAAGUACCCAUGUGUAUCCCUAGAGGUCCCGGUGUACUUUCUGGUGUCAGUCUUCCUGUCCUAGCGUGUUGGCCUGGCGUCGUCCUGCCGGCUUGUGACCCAGCGGCACAGUGUUGUUGGCCCUUCCUCGGUGACACCAGUCUGCGCGAUGCUAUCAUUAUGGCGGUGGUGUUGUUGGUCAGUCUGUCUGUGGUACAAUGGGGUAAUGUGGUUUUCUUACCAUGGUGUUAGUGGAUAACGUCCCAAAUGCUGUAGUGUCCUCCUCGCUGUCCUCAGAACAGUGACAGGUGUGUGUCUUCCUGAUGGGGCAAGGACAUGCUCCCGAUCACCUGUCCUCGGUAGAACGCGUCUGCCCGGUGGUUCGAUGGCGUGAUCCAUCCGUCAGCACACUUAGGUCACAACGUUCUGCCUCCUCCAGUCUCCACGGCUGAGGUCAGGCCACCUGUCCCAGGUAGGAUGCUAAACGGUCAUCCACCACCCUUAAACGUCUCUACCAUUCACGACACUUCUCAUUCUCUCCAGAGACCAGGGUCCCCCCUCCCUCCAGAGGGCGCAGCUUGGUAUUUGCCAUGUGAAUGAGGAAGAGAAAAAAAAAAAUGAGAAGUUGGCUCUGUGUCACCGUCCUCAGAGCUUUCUCAAAACAGCACGAGACCGUGAUGUCACCUGCACCAGAAACACCCUGGAGGCAGGAAGCAGGGGGCCUCCAGAGCCCCCUUGCUGAGCUCAGCUUGGUGCAGGGGGCCUGCUGACGUGACCAGGGGACCGUUCUGCUGACCACCUCCCAUGUCUCCUCUUUGUUUCUCAUCACCAUAGACGUCACCCAUCAGCACAAAUGUGAAAAUUCAGGGAAAACAAACAAAUGUUUUUUUGAUAAAAAGUAAAUAGUUGUGAUUUCGGAUUCAGAUAUUUUUAGAGCUAUCUGUAAAAACUCCUACUGAUGAUAUAGUCUAUUUUACAUAUCAGGAAGUAAACACGUCUUAACAUAGCCAUAUAUAGCCAGAAGAAAGUUACCGCCCCUUCUUCAAACCAAGGCAUUUCAUUUGUUGGUUAAACCGAUGGCGGGUGUACAGAGUAGAAAUGAUUUCUUUCUUUCUUAAGAACCACUUGGUGCGACUUUCCUUGUAACCAAAGGCCCCUUCUGCCUUGUGUCACGUUGGAUCUGCCUGUCCCUCUCUCCUGUGCUUUGUCUGACCUUAAAGUAGCAUUUUACAGAGCAAAUGGCGGAUUCAGAAUGCCCUUCCCAGCUGAAUAGGCAGAGUCCGACAGAGUUCCUGUACAAACAAUCAUUGAAACAGUGUAAACUAUGUGUAAAAAUUUUCCGUUUUGUUUUGGCUUUUGUUGGCUUUUUUUUUCUUGCACUUAUGUAUGUGUGUACUGUGGGAAUAUAGCUUUUUUUCCCCACGUGUGACUCAAGUUAGACUACUGUAAAUUUUUCCUACCAGCCCUCUACCUGCUAAAAAGGAACACAGUUUCAUUCCGCAUGUACCUGACCUGGGUACCUGUGUUUACAAGUGCGGGGUAAGCUGGAUAAGGCUCACCAAGAUGAAGCUGAAUACGGCAGGUGGAUCUGAGUAGUGAGGAGGGGAGCCAAGGUGUGGAGGCAGAGGCCACCUGAAGUUGGUGGUCCAUUUCCUCCUGGCCUGACCCAACCAGAGCAAAAGGAAGUGAGGUACCCAAAUAACACCAGGGCCUGGUGGUGGAGAUUAUGAAAUCAACAGGACCAUCAAGAACCCAGCUGAACCUGAGUUCCGGCACCCAUCACGUCAUCAGAAAAGGCCAGGCAUCAGGCAGCUGCGCUUGCCCAUCACACUGGGAAAUCUGACCCCUGGGAGAGGUGAGGAGAAACCAAUUCUUCCACCUUUUCAUCUUUGGAUGUCCCCAGAGCAGUGGAUCUGGGCUACAGAUUUCAUUCUGGGAUUCCAUCUUCAGCACCUUUAGAGGAGACAGAGAAAAAGAGAAGAGGACUUUUGUCAUUGAGGAGAGAGGAGAUACCAAAGUCAUGAGGAAGCCACCCUUAAUGCACUCCACUCACCCCAACAGUUGCUGGGAAUCCGAGCUUACUUUCCAGCUGAGCCUCACCUUCCACCUCUUCUGUGUUCCAUAGCUGCAGCCUCGUCUCUUCCCCUUCUCCUGAAAAGAUCCGCCUUUCUAAGGAGAGAGAGAGAGAGAAAAAAAAAAAGACUCAACAGCAUCCUCUUCUCUACAACUGUAAUGUAUUGCUGAUAUUUGUAAUUAUUACAUAUUUGUCUGACUCUGGUCAUGGCUGAAAUGCCUAGUCCAUGAACAAGGAGAUAUUUAAAAUUCACAGACAAGGGUCCCUAAAGCCAGGUCUCACUCUCUCUAUAGCUAUAAAGAUAGAUAGUUAUAGGUAUAUAAAUCUCUCUCCUUUCCUAUUUCUCUGCCAACUCGUCUGGAGUGAAGUGACCACAGGCUACAUUGACUCAAAGGAGGGCUCACAGAAAAGCUUCUAGAACACACUCCUUCAGAGACGUACUUGGUGUGUUUGUAGCUGAGAAGUUGGCAGGAGCAAGAUGGGGCUUCCCAGGUCCCCAGCAGGACAAUAGAACACUCUAGCUCCAGGCAUCUCAUAACCUAUUACUGUUUAUAUGACAACACCCAAAUGCUUUCAUGUCACCAGGCCAGGGCCACCCAAACCAGCCCUGGCCACACCUGGAAGUAAGAGUUACCUCUGUGUUUUCUGUUGCCAUUUUUUUUGGCUCCAGAAACAUCUAUAUCCUAGGACGUCCACACAUCUCAGAGUAGACUAUUUUUUUGUUCAUAUAAAUAUAUAUAUAUGUAUUUUAGUAUAUUUAUAAUAGGGCAAUUGAGUCUAAUUUCUUUUGUAACAGUAAUAUCUUGGGGGUUUUAUCAUUGCUCAUAGCUGGUCUUUUCUGCUCUCCAUCAUUCCUUUCUACUGUUCGUUCCUUGGGCUGUUUUGUUUUUGUUUUUGUUUUUGUUUUUUUCUUUUCUUCUGUGGGAUUCCAGUCUGGGGGUGGGCAAAAACUGGGGUUUGACAUCCUGGAAGAUUGUGUUCCUGGCACUGCGGGGGGUGGUUGUCUGUGUCCCCUUAUCAGGUAUGUGUUCCCCUGGCUGUUACUCUUAAGAAUCCAGAUGUGCAAAUCAGGUGCACAGAGGUGCAGUUGGGACCUGGGCAGGGAGAGCACACACCCUUCCCUCUCCUGAUCUUAAAGGACUGAGCUUUCUGGUUCCCAGAUAUUGGAGCCAAGACCCUACUACAAACGAUCUUGUCCCUGAGCAAUGACUGAGCUCAGGGUCAUUCCUGAGUCCCCCUUGGCCAGACUGUACCAAGGUCCAGCUUCCUGCUUCCCAGAGCCACCAACUGGAUCCAGGGACCAGGGCAUAUGCAGUUUCUGGCAAACCUCAGAAGGAUGUGCUGCAUCUCCAUUCCAUUUCAAAAAACACUGGCCAGACGACAGCCCAAAGCUGCGACCUCCCCAUCCAGUCCCUCUCGGCAGUGCCAAGUAUGAGACCAGCAGCAAAGGUGGCAGUAUUUUUCCAACUUCCAUUUUUCCAAGCCUCCAGACCUUGGUCAGCCCUGAACAUUCAUCUGAGUCGAUUUUGAGCCUGGGGCAGGUGGUGCACAGACACCACACAGAGUGAAAGGGAUGCUCAGCCAGUCACCUGCCUACCUCAGCUCUGGACUAUAACCUCUGCCAGCACCAGAGAUUUGAGUCAAGCCAGGACAGCCCCAUCUCAGACAGUGAGGAUGUCCCCACUGAAAGAAUGCCAAGAGGAUGCUAACCCACACACAAAUUUAUUAUUCUGGUGGUUGGACUCUCUUUUCUUCCCAUUGGAUUUGUUCUGUCUUGCGGUGCUGGGGACCGUAGGGCCAUGGCUGUGUCAGACAAGCGCUCAGCCCUGAGCUCCAUCUCCAGCCCCUGAAUGUAUUAUUUUGGAAUGUGAUUCUAAUCAGUUUCCUCAUCCCUAAAAUCCCUGGUAAUCAGGUUUGUUCCAGAGCCAUAUAAAACAGACAAGAUUUUGUGUGUGUGCAUGUGUGUGCGUGGGUGUGUGUGGGUGUGGGUGGGUGGGUUGGUGCGCAUAUGUGUGUGUGUCUGUGUAUGUGUGUCUGUGGGGGGUGUGUGUGUGUAAUUUUUGCAUAAGAACAAAAUUAAAAAUUAUUGUCCUGUUGUUUCCUAGGUUUCCUGCCCAGAUAAAUAAACACUGGCUGUCUUCUUAAUAAAGAGGGGCUACGCUCUGACCUUCUCUCCCUGCCCUAGAAUUUCUCCCAAAGUUCCAAAUGGCGACUUGAACUGAAUUUGGAAGGGCCGUUAGUCAAGUGAGCCCUCCUCUCCACAUCUAGCCCUACCUCUGUCUGUCCCUCUCAGUCAAGGUCCUGAAGUAAUCUGAAAGCUAGCAGGAGAACAUGGGCAAGGAAUUGAACCAAAGUAUUAGCCACUCAGUAUGAAUUGGUCCAUUUCUACUCAAAGCAAUGAAGCCCUUUCUCAUCAGGUCGGUGAUCUGCUCCUGGAAUGCAGUGCAUGAUGGGUAAGGGACUCCAGAGUACCCACUGUACUGCAGCUAUUCCCAGGGAGGCUGGAUAAUGCACAAAUGGGCCUUGGAACUACUACAGAAUGGGACUGGAAACUCAAAGCAAUUUCUUCUUUGUGUGUGUGUGUGUGUGUGUGUGUGUGUGUGUGUGUGUGUGUGUACAUGGCCUUGUGUGCACACGUGGGUAUCUGCACAAGUGUCUUGACCAUUCUGGGUCCAGAUUCAGGCCUCGCUCAUAGAGAAGGGCUUGGAGCACAGCUAGUGGGACCUCAGAUCGUAGGGCAGAGCCUUCUCAGGAGGCACCAAAACAGGAGGGUUGCAGCAGGAUUCAAUUUCCUAAGCCUGUUCCUUGCAAUUUUUCUGACCCUGCCAGCCAUUGAUCCAACCCGUUCCCAGUGGCCUAACAAGGACCACUCAGGAAAGAGAUGCACGCUGCCCUUUCCCCGGCCAGCAGAGGGCCAACCACAAAGUCCCACCUGUGGUUGGCCACGGCAUGGUGCUUCAGCCCCUUCCCCUAGACCCUGUGCCCUCAAAGAGACUCAGUGAUCGCCCCACAAGCCAGCCACCCACUGCCCAGGCAACCCCAAAUGGCGCCAUUCCCAAAGGGCUCUUUUUUUUCUCAUUAAAAUAAAGUGAACCUAGUCAAGAUCUCCAAAGGUCUCUGCCCCAGAAAUAAAUCCAGAAAAAUAUAAAAAGGCAGAGGUAGCUAUAAUCCAGCUUUGUGGAGAAACAAGGCUCCAGCUGCUUCUAAGAGGAGAGCCUGCACCUGCACAUCCAUCCCCAAAAGGCCUGGCUCCUACUGUCUGCCUCCACUCAGCCCAGAGCUGGCAGGCUCUCCCUCACUGGACAUGGUGGGUGUGGAGGAGGUGGCAUGUGAACUUCAGAGUGAGCCCAAGUCCAGUUAGCUUCAGUGGUUUUGAAAGGCAAGGUAGGCCAGUAUUCCAGAAUCGGCUGGACCACUUUCUUCUAAAACUAAAUUAGACAGAAACCAGUUUUGAAAAUCUCAGUCCACAGAGGCAUUGCCCAAGACACUCAGCUGCAAUUACAGAGCAGUUGAAGGAAAUGUGGGGACCGCCUAAUUCUGUUCCACUUAGAUGUGCUCCAAGCCACUCAGGCACUUCCUGCCUCCCUGAGCGAAGCUCCAUCUGAAUAGACAGGCAGCCUCAAGGGUCUAGCUCAACAGCACAGCUCCCAGCCUCUGGGAUUCCCCAAGGUUUGGGACACACACACCCCCAAGACCAGCAGGCAUCCAAGAGCCAAAUGUAGUUACAGGUUGUGCCGGGAGACUAUCCUUUUUCUCUUUAGGCCCAUUUGACUUGAGUCCAAACUAAAAGGCAAGGAGUCUCCUUUUUCUACACCAGAACUCAUGGCUCUCUACAGUCUGCUGUUGGCACACAGCAGUCAUCCAGCCUGUGUUUUGGGGUGAAUGGAUGUGUGGAUGGGUGGAUGAGUGAAGAGAGCAUUGCUGGACUCUCACCUGGAUGGGAAGGAAAGCGUGGGGUCCCCCUUUCUUUGAACUGCCGCCACUAAUACUCUCUCUUCUGUGAUCACUUUUGGAGUCACAAUAAUGCCCACAGUUGAUGCCACAUACUGAUAGGGGCAGCGGCCUGCUCAGAAUCUCGCCUCCCAUGUUUAGGCUGGCCAGCACCGGCUUUCUUCCUGCUUGCUCUACUUCUGUUCACAGGGAGGUCACCUACAGACCACAGUGGCUAUCGAGUAGGCCAAGCCAAGGGUCCAAGGAAUUGCAGGGGUGGGGGUUGUCUGGGACUUGACUAGGGCAGGAACAUGGGAGCCAGUAUCUACAACCAUAUCUCAUUUCUUAAGCUGUAAGAACAAAUGGUCUCUCCUUUUCUCCGAGCCCCCAAAGGCCCCCUUUCAAUGACAAGCACCCCAAUCCCAUCAUCUCAAGUCCUCUGUCCCUCCCACAGCAGAAAGCUGGCGUUCUGCCAGCAAAGCCAUUUUGAUUGCCCCACCCUUCAAGGGGGCCAAGCCAAUCAUAUUAGCCAUACUCCAGCAGGGUCCUCAGCCACUCUUUUUUGGGUUGUGUUCAUAAGUCCUGCUCAACCUUCAUCGAUGGAGGGCUCUGGCCCUUCCUGUACAUGUGACAAUGCACAUUGGUGUGCUCAUGCGUGCACAUGAGUGCACACACAAGGAAACCAACAAAACCCUAUGUCGUCUUCUGCAUGUGGCAAGAUGGACUUGUGACCCUUGUGUGGCCUCCGGCUGCUGUCCUGUCUUGUGAAAAAAAAAAAAAAAAAGUU